UUCUCGCUUCGCGGGAGCUCCGUCUAGUCCCGCGGCUCUGCACAGCUUUGCAUUGGCCUUUUAUGCAUGGCUUGAUGACAGCAUGAUUUGAGCUGUGACACUGACUUUACGAUCUCCGGCCUUUGCCGAACAAGCCUUCUCCCCCUUUUCAGAGCUAACCUUUCGUCCAAUCAAUCCUGGCUGCAGGGCCUUGUAACCCCACUCUACCCCUACACCUUAAACAGACAUGGCCUUGGUAUCUGGCCCAGGCAGGGCUGGAGGUGCCUCGCCAGACCAGGAUUUGCACAUCUUGAAGCACGUCGCUUACAUCAAGAACCUGGACACUAGGAAAGAUGAGCUGGAAUAUUGGCUUACCGAACACCUGCGACUGAAUGGAGUCUAUUGGGGUUUGACGGCCUUGCAUAUUCUUGGUCAUCCCGAGGCUUUGUCCCGAGAUGAAACCAUUGAAUUUGUGCUCUCGUGUCAAAAAGACAAUGGAGGAUUCGGUGCUGCCCCCGGCCACGACGCUCACAUGCUGUAUACUGUCUCCGCUGUCCAGAUCCUGGUUAUGAUUGAUGCAGUGGAUGAGCUGGAGAAAAGAGGCCGAGGGGGUAAGCAGAAAGUAGGCUCUUUCAUUGCGGGUCUGCAAAACCGUGAGGAUGGCUCCUUUAUGGGCGACCAAUGGGGAGAGACUGAUACUCGAUUCCUUUAUGGCGCUUUCAAUGCCCUGUCACUCCUGGGCCUCAUGGAACUAGUCGAUGCUGCCAAGGCGGUCGCUUAUGUUCAAAGCUGCGAGAACCUGGAUGGGGCCUAUGGCCUCUUUCCCGGGGCAGAGUCGCACUCCGGACAAGUGUUCACCUGCAUUGGUGCUCUCUCCAUUGCUGGGCGCUUGGAUUUGGUGAACAAGGACCGUCUGGGUGCAUGGCUUAGUGAACGCCAAAUCGACAAGGGUGGCUUCAAUGGGCGCCCCGAAAAACUGCCCGAUUCUUGCUAUACAUGGUGGGUUGGAUCAAGUCUAGCAAUGAUUGACAGGCUCCACUGGAUUGAUGGUAAGAAGCUUGCUGGAUUUGUCCUUCAAUGUCAGGAUUCCGAAGGAGGUGGGUUUGCCGACCGACCUGGAAACAUGGUUGAUGUCUACCAUACGCACUUUGGUCUGGCAGGCCUGAGUCUUCUUGGUGUUGAAGGCCUGCAGGAAAUCGACCCUGUUUAUUGUUUGCCUAAAUCAGUCGUUGCUCGAUGCUUUGCAGAAUGAACAAACAUAGUUCACAUGCACACCGUACAUUCAUUUAUCCCUCCUGCCAUCUAAUAACCCUGGAUUCCUUUUCACCAUGGAUCCUGGGAUACAAGGCAGGAGGAGAGCAACUGCCCACUUUGACUUAUUCCGCUUCAUAUCAUCCCACAAUGGCCUAAGGCUGUUAAGACAUCGUGGCUCAUUCCUGAGUACUUCAGGUCUAGAUAGCAUAGUUAAACGAGAUACGAAUCAAAUCCCAA